UAUCGAUGAAAACCUCCGAAUAGAUGGAACAAUAAUAGUGCAUAUGCUCUACUGGCCUAGCUGAGUGUAGCCUACCUAAAUUGUUAAAAUGCCAUGCCUGCAAUAAUCUGAUGGAAUAUGCAAAGCUUUCUUGACUAGGCUUCUUGGUUUGGCUCAAGAGUUAAAACUCGUGGUGUGGGUUAGGUGACCAUAGCGGAGGAAAAAAGAAAAGCAGAUGGAGGUGCUAGUUGUGUGGCGGAUGGUAACUGUCAUGCUGAAACGACGUGGCCACUGACGACUGUCUGUAGGCGGUAGAUAAUGGUAAAACGAGAGAGCAGGUGGGCGGAAAGAAAACUGGCUGCGAUCAAGGAGUCAUCCUGUAAAAAAAACUGCGAACACACAUUGAGCAUACAUUUGGCUGUAGCCAAACGUUGGACACUUGUACAAAGAAAUUAAUCCGGAUUCUUCUUUGGUCAGCGCCAAACUCACGUCCUUCCCUGUGUGCAGGCUAAGGAGCAUGGGUGUGGAGUUGGCAACGUUACUUCUGCUGCAGCAAGCACUGUCCCUGUGGUCCACCAGUGACGCCAUGGAGGCCACCAGCGCUCCAAAGGGGUGCGGCCCUUCCGUCAACUCCUUCUACUACAACCUGUGUGACCUGUCGGCAGUGUGGGGUAUUGUGGUCGAGGCUUUCGCUGCUGCAGGAGUGGUGACUGCCUUUGUGCUAUUGGUCACCCUCAUAGCCAGCAUGCCUUUCGUGACAGACAAGAAGAGGAAAGCCAUGGUGGCCCUGCAAGCCAGCGUCCUGGUCUUCACCCUGGGGCUGUUUGGACUCACCUUUGCCUUCAUCGUGGGCCGGGACUUUAUCAGCUGCACAGCGCGGCGUUUCCUGUUUGGUGUGCUGUUCGCAGGCUGCCUGUCGUGCCUGGUGAUGCACGGCUUGUGGCUGGCCCUGCUGGAGAGGAGGGGCCGGGGACCCCGGGCCUGGACACUCUGCCUGGGGGCCCUAGCGCUCUGGUUGGUUGAGGUCAUCAUCAACACUGAGUGGAUGAUUAUCACUGUGGCCCGAUACCCUGUUAUGGCCUCUGUCAUGACAGACGCGUCCUGCAAGAUCACCAACCAGGACUUUGUCAUGGCUCUGGUCUACGUGAUGGCGCUGCUGCUGGCCGUGAUCCUGAUGGCAGUGCCCACGCUGACGCACAAGCACAAGAGCAGGUGCAGAGAUGGGGCCUUCAUCCUCGCCACGGGGGUCCUCUCCACAGCCAUCUGGGUUGCCUGGAUCGUCAUGUACAUCCAUGGGAACCAGCUGACUGGGGGCCCCAGCUGGGACGACCCCACUCUCGCCAUCGCCCUGGUGGUCAACGCCUGGGUGUUCCUGGUCCUCUACACCAUACCAGAGAUCUGUUUCCUCAGCCAGGAAGACGAGGACCAGGAGCAGGCCAGUGAUGGGGACCACGUCUACCCAGCCAGGAGCCUUGUCUACGACAACAUCCUGAAGGACCAGAGCCCUGGCCAGCAAAACAUGUACAUUGAGAACAAGGCUUUCUCAAUGGACGAACCCCAUACAGCCCACACUGUGGUGUCUCCGUACAGUGGUUAUAACGGCCGACUACGCGGCUGUGUGUACCAACCCACUGAAUUGGCCCUCAUCACCAAGAGUCUAGCAAAUAGGGAGCAGUCCCAGGAGACCAUCCUGCCGAGGGCCACAGCCCCUCCUCUAAACCAGGGCAGCAGCAGCACCUUGUCCUGCCCUCCACACCCAGCACUGUCACACGCAGCCAGUGGAAACGGUUUGAACAAGAGGCCUCUGUGGUAAACCUGCAGUACGUUGACCCUGUUCCUCUUCAACACCUGUCCACCUCUUUUCUACUCCGCCCUGCCCUGGUGCUUGUGUGUGUGUCUGGUGAAGAAGACCCCUGCUUGAGGGGGCUACUCUCUUGAGAGGCCAAUGACCAACAAGAUAGCUUUACAUUCACAGUAAGUGUGGUGGGUUUACAGUCCACUACUCGCAAGUAAAACCAUGCACUGAUGGAAAGAGAUGACCCCAGAGUAACCAACCCAAAGAGACAAUCAAUCAGUUUGCUACUCAAAUGGGAGUCAUAGAGAAUCAUAAAGGGUUCAGCAUAGGAGACAGAGCUAGUACACGUUCCAGCCUUCAAUGUCUCGUUGGCCUCCUGUCCA